AAAGAUCAAUGAACAAGAGCAGCAGCUUUUCCACCUCCGUGUCUGAUGCAGAGCCAUAACCCGGCAUGGGGCGGUUUGUGUUUCCUUGAUCGACUUUUGUGAACCAUUGUUCCCCGGCAAAGCAGAGAUCAUGACUUCUCGUGAGGCCUCCCAGGCCCCACUGGAAUUCGGGGGGCCGUUGGGCGUCGCGGCUUUACUGAUCCUGCUGCCUGCCACCAUGUUCCACCUGCUCCUGGCGGCUCGCUCGGGCCCGGCGCGCCUCCUGGCCCUACCGGCCUAUCUGCCUGGGCUGGAGGAGCUGUGGAGCCCAUGGGCUCUGCUGCUAUUGUUCAUCUGGCUCGGCCUGCAGGUGGCGCUCUAUUUGCUGCCUGCACGCAAGGUGGCCGAAGGCCUGGAACUGAAGGACAAGAGUCGCCUGCGCUACCCUAUUAAUGGCUUCCAGGCUCUGGUGCUAACAGCCCUGUUGAUGGGGCUGGGGGUGUCAGUGGGGCUGCCCCUGGGGGCACUCCCUGGAAUGCUCCUGCCCUUGGCCUUUGCGACCACUCUCACCAGCUUUAUCUUCAGCCUCCUCCUCUAUGCGAAGGCUUUGGUAGCUCCUGCCUCAGCCCUGGCUCCUGGGGGAAACUCAGGAAAUUCCAUGUAUGACUUCUUUCUUGGACGGGAGCUGAACCCUCGCCUCGGUUCCUUUGACUUCAAAUAUUUCUGUGAGCUGAGACCUGGCCUCAUUGGCUGGGUUUUCAUUAACCUGGCCCUGCUGAUGCAGGAGGCAGAGCUUCGGGGGAGUCCUUCCCUGGCUAUGUGGCUGGUCAAUGGCUUCCAGUUGCUGUAUGUGGGUGAUGCCCUCUGGUAUGAGGAGUCUGUCCUCACCACCAUGGACAUAAUACAUGAUGGUUUUGGCUUCAUGCUGGUCUUUGGAGAUCUAGCUUGGGUACCAUUCACCUACAGCCUGCAGGCCCAGUUCCUGUUGUACCAUCCACAGCCUCUGGGGUUGCCCAUGGCCUUGCUCAUCUGCCUCCUUAAGGUUAUUGGUUACUACAUCUUCCGAGGGGCCAACUCCCAGAAAAACACAUUCAGGAAGAAUCCUUCUGACCCCAGCGUGGCUGGUCUUGAGACCAUCCCGACUGCCACGGGGAGGCAGCUGCUGGUGUCUGGGUGGUGGGGUAUGGUUCGACACCCCAACUACCUGGGAGAUCUCAUCAUGGCUCUGGCAUGGUCUUUGCCCUGUGGGCUAUCCCAUCUGCUGCCCUACUUCUACGUCCUCUACUUCACUGCACUGCUGGUGCACCGCGAGGCCAGAGAUGAGCAGCAGUGCCUCCAAAAGUAUGGCCGUGCCUGGCAGGAGUACUGCAAGCGUGUGCCUUACCGAAUCAUACCCUAUGUCUACUGAAGCAGGUCCACCUAAGAGGUUGAAAGCAAGAGGAAGCCACUGCUUCCAGAAGGAAAGUAUUUUUCCCUGUUGAAUAAAUGUUUUCAACCUUU